GUUUUUUGUCGGCAAGUACUCGGAUAUGCUCGUAUGCAAAUACAUGUGCGUGGGGCUUCUGCACUGGUUUUUUUCGGCGGCGGUACUCUCUUGGAAUCGACCAUGGCUUCUGGUGGAUAUUUUGGCUUUACUCAUGGCGGAACCCAGUACAGUGCUCAGCAAGCAGCAGCUGGUUCAUAUGCAGCACAACCUGCCCAACAUGCAGGCUAUGUGCAGGCUCAUCAGGCUCAUCAAGCACCAGCAUAUGCCACUGCAACUGCUGCACCUAGAGCUGCGGCUACUGCUACUGUCUACGAGGCUAACUACCAGCCAGCUCAUGCUGCCGGAGGCUACACCUAUGGAACCACUCAAAGACAAGAUGCAGCACAAGUAGUCUCAACCCCAGCCUUUCGUGAUACAUACGCUACAUAUGGUCAGACAUCUGCCACCCCGGCUUACGAGAAACAAACCUACUAUCAACCACAAACCACACAACAGCAUUCCUCGACCGACGGCUACUAUGCUGCUCCAGUGGCUGUGAAGGCAACAGCUGCUUAUGGUUCAGGGGGUGGAUUCACCACGCAUCAGCCUGCACCAGCAAAGCCCGUCCAGCAACCUAAGACAGUUGCAGCCUCUUACACAUUCUCCACCCAAACCACAGUCCCCACAUAUACCACUUCUGCUGCCACCACCUAUACCACUGGUGGUAAGUCACGUAAUACAUAUUCAGGAUAUGAUGCAGCCGUCUAUUCUGCUGCAACUAAUUACUACCAGCAACAGCAGCAGGUUGCUAAAGGCAGUCAACCAUGGCAGAACAAGAACAAAGGUCCCUUCAGUAAGCCUGUGAAGAAGGAGCGUCAGCCCCCAAAACAGCCGCAGAUCCACUAUUGUGAAGUCUGCAAGAUCAGCUGUGCUGGACCACAGACAUACCGUGAGCAUCUUGAGGGUCAGAAACACAAGAAGAAAGAAGCUCAACUUAAAACUGGCAGUCAGGGUCCAACUCAUCGCAUCGGUACGCACAGCCUACGCUGUGAGCUUUGUGACGUGACUUGUACUGGACAAGAUGCGUACAAUGCACAUAUCAGAGGUGCUAAACAUCAGAAGGUUUUGAAGUUGCACACUAAACUAGGCAAACCAAUUCCAUCUACUGAACCGGUGAAAGUAGGGGGAACUUCUACACCGACAACAUCUAGCACUGCCGGAGCUAAGAAUGCCGGAGUACAAAUGAAGGCUACCACUGCAGGCUCUACAGCUGCCGCUGCCUCCACGCAGUCUCUAACUACUCCCCAGAAGACCAAAGUUGUCACUAAACAGCUGACAACUCCAAAGAUUGCCUUUGUUGGAGGUUCGAAGCUUCAGAGUGCUACAUCCCCAGAGGCUGAUAAGAAAGCAGAAGCGAAGCCUACCACCCAAGCACCGGUUGCAUCUUCUCCGGUACCACCACUUAAUGAGAGUAAGAUGUCGGAUGAGUUCUAUGAGCAAGAAAUCACGCCCGUUGGGGAGGACUAUGUGGAGGAGGUUAAGAAUGAAACUGGGAAAGUGAUCAGCUUCAACUGUAAGCUGUGUGAAUGCAAGUUCAAUGACCCCAAUGCCAAAGAGAUGCACAUGAAAGGGCGCCGCCACAGACUCCAGUACAAGAAAAAAGUUGAUCCUAAGUAUCAAGUAGAGAUCAAGCCAACAGCACGUGUUCGUAAAUUCCAUGAGGAGAAAAUUCGACGUCAGAUGGCUAAAGAUGAAUUUCUACGAAGACGAGAUGAAGAGAUGCGAGUUCAGGUGGAAAUGAGGCCCCUUAGACGCUACGAAGAGGACAUCUACUGGAGACGUUUUGAGGAAGAACGUUUCUUGGAAGAACGCUUGCAGUACGAGGAAGAGAUGGAAUUCUUUGAGUGGCAACGUCGUCGUGGUAUUCCUCAUCCUCGUCCCGUUCCACCAAAGCCUCCGAUGAUGCAAGAUAUGAUGGCUAAGAGACCAGAUACGAUUAUCGAUCGUCACGUUAUGGCGAAGCAUUCUUCCAUCUACCCAACUGAACAAGAGUUGGCUGCUGUGCAGAAUAUUGUGACUUGCUGUGAAAAAUCUCUGAAACUUGUAUCUGACUACAUCUCCGAGGCAGACAAUCCUGUUCCCAUGGAAGAAGAGAAAGUAGAAGUUAAAAAAGAGGGGGAAGAAGUAGCCGAGGUGAAGGAAACGAAAGAAAAUGAAGAAGAGGCAAAGAAAGAAGAAGUGAAAGAUUCAAAUCCUCGUGCUUUAAAGGGCGUGAUGCGUGUAGGUGUACUAGCUAAGGGCCUGCUGUUACGUGGAGAUCUUAACAUGAGCCUAGUGGUACUGUGCUCCGAGAAACCAACACGCACUCUUCUUGAACGUGUGGCAGAUAACCUUCCCAAGAGAUUAGCUGAGACCGAAGGGAAAUUUGAUUUGAAAUUGUGUGUUGAGGAAGCAGCGAUUAUCGUGUUUUCUACUGACCAAGAGAUUAAGACAUCGAUCAAAAUCUUACUCAGCUCACCAGCUAUGCGUGAAGCGCCCUCAGAAACUACUAAAGAUCCUCCGGACGUACUGGACAGGCAGAAAUGCCUUGAUGCACUAGCUGCUUUACGACACGCGAAGUGGUUCCAGGCAAGGGCCAACUGCCUUCAGUCUUGUGUCAUCAUCAUCCGUGUGCUGCGAGAUCUCUGUGAGAGAAUCCCGACCUGGUCACCGCUCAAUGGCUGGCCUGUGGAGCUUCUCUGCGAGAGGGUAAUUGCUAGUGCAGGACAACCUUUGACCCCAGGAGAAUCUCUGCGUCGUAUCUUUGAAGCCAUAGCUGGAGGGGUCAUUCUACCAGGAGGGCCUGGCAUGUAUGAUCCUUGUGAGAAAGAACCGACAGAUGCAUUUGGACACCUGACCAACCAGCAGAGGGAGGAUAUCACAGCUAGCGCUCAGCAUGCCCUAAGGCUGAUAGUGUUCCGUCAAGUGCAUAAGGUACUGGGCAUGGAGCCGCUACCACCACCACAGCGCAACUCGGCCAAGAUGAAUCGUAAACGUCGACGAGACGAUAGUGAGGGAGGUGAAAAGGAGCCUGUUGAUGGAAAGAAGGACAAGAAAGAAGGAGAGAAUGGUAACUCAACCGUCGACAUGGCAACCACUGAAGGUGCUUCAUCAUCCCAGGAAUCCAAGUAACUGGUUCAACCAAUCAGAAACUAGAUAAACCAUGGUUAAAUUUUAACUGCCUUUUUUUAUGUACUAAUUGUACAAUGAAGUUAAAAAAUUUUCAGUUGCUUUUUUUUAAUUUUGUUAACCUUUUUUAUUGUUAUUGUUUAAAAUUUAGACAAAAAUCUGAAAUUUGGUAAGUAAUAACAUGUCAUAGAAAUAUAAUAAUUUAAUUUUUAAUUUGAUAACAUUGUACUAAUAGAAUGACCAUCACUAAGCAAAUAAAAAAAAAAAAAUACUUCAAAAUUAUGUUAAUUUCUCUGGAAUUACAGUACAUAAAAUCUAUUAAUCAUUGAUAAAAAGAAUAUAAGAAUUAGUAAAAAUUCAUAUAUCAAAUUUAUAUAUCUGCAACUGCUUGUGCUCCUACAUGAUUAAAUGAAGAGGAGAAUGAAAAAGUCAGUUUGGGAAGCUGUUGGGUAUGAUAGUUAUGAAGGUAUUGUAUUGUCUUUUAAAAAAAAAAGUUUUGUGAUAUGAUCCGUGAAGAUGUUGUAUUGUUACAGUAGUUUUUAAUAAGUUUUUGUAAACUCAAGGUUUCACAAAUUAUUUGGUAAAAUGAUGCACUUUGCUCAUCUAACUUUCCGUGUUGCACAUAUCUAAAAAACACCUUAAUCUUGUCAUUAAUUUAUGUGGGUUUUUUAUCUUCCCAUUAUUUAUGAUUCAUGGGUUUAUGUAUACAAUAGAAUUGUUACGGUAUGUAAUUGAAUAGAUAAGUAUACAUGGACACGGAAAAAUGCUCCACAGUUUUAGGAGUUUUGUCGUUAGGUUAAGCUGCUAACUACAAUGCUUUGCAAACGACCAGCCAGUGUUAGACGUAAACAUUCUCCCCCACUUUGUAAUGCUAGAAAGGAAAGAAUCUUGUUUGUAUAUAGGCUUAGAAAAAAAACCACCCCAAUGUAUAACUUGUUUUUUGCAUUUGAAAAUAAAGAACAUUGUCUGUGUUGCUAUGCAUUUUA